ACAUGACUAAAUUUGAGGGAACGCCAUGGGUAGAGGAACGUUUGCAUUGAAUGGUUAUUGGGACUCGCGUGGAGCCUACCUUUUAUGCAAGUUAUGUUUUUAUUAUCAAAAUCUUUAUUGUAACGUUAAUGUAGCCUACUCUGGAAUAUUUUGUAGUAUUUUAUUUUAACUUGAAUUUGAAGCAGAUUUGACUGGGUCAACUUGCAGUGUGGACUUUGCACGGACAUAAACGAAGUUGUGUAAGGUUUCGUUAUUGAAAAAUUACUUUUUCCAGAGCCUACGCCUUUUUAACGUUACGUUGUAUCCUUUCUGCAGUUGUUGAAUUUAGCCUAUAUUUAAUCCGUAGUCACAAAGGCUGGAAUUGGAACAGAAGGCUGGAAGUACACAGACAAUCUCAAAAAUGCAUUUGGUGGUCCGACGAUACAGGCCCUCCGACAAGGAUGCUGUGUUAACCCUGUUCUGUGAUGGCAUCUUGGAGCACAUCAACCCUUCGUUCUACAACGCCAUUAGCAACCCUGUCAAUGUGGGCGUCGCCCUGUUCCUUUCUAUGGCUGGGUACAUGCUGGGAGGUGGGUCUACUCUCUGGGCCUUGCUGUCGGCUGGAGCCUGGGUAGGUCUGGUCUACUACUGCUGCAGCCAACUGUACGCUGGCUUCGUCAGAGAGAGGCUGCGCACGGACAUGCAGGACAUUCCAGGAUGCUACCUGAGCCACCCCGACAACUGCUUCUGGGUGGCUGAGACUGAGGUCAACGGCUGGGUUGAGAUUUUAGGUAUGGUGGCCGUUGUGGCCAAAAAGGUGGUGGGCGGAAGAGACGGGGAGAUGAGCGGUGAACUAUUCAGGAUGAUUGUAUCGACGAAGUGUCGUCGGACAGGACUCGGUUCCAGGAUGACCCAGACCGUUAUUGACUUUUGUAAAGAGCGAGGGUUCUCUAAGGUCGUCCUGGAAACCAGUUCCACCCAGACUUCUGCAGUGGCCCUGUAUAAGAAACUGGGCUUCUCACACAUCCUGUCACACACCAAGACGUACUCUCCUGAAUGGAUGACAAUUAUAUCCCGAGUCACCAUUCUGAAGAUGGAAAAAGUCAUAUAGUCCUUCUCAUUGUAUAGUAAGUGUUAAGACGUGCAAGUUUUUGGUUCUGAAGCACAGAUUAGAUGUCUUUGAGACAAGAAUUAGAUGCAAUACCGUAGGCCUACAUUAGUAACUAGAUCGAAUAAGCAAAGGUAUAAAUAUAAAAUAAAAUGGUAUAAUGUAGCCUAUUGGAAUAUGUUUGAAAAAUAUGUAUUUUCCCCUUUCGGGUUUCACACUUGUGAGUUGCGACCCUCGUAAAACAUUCUCAUGGAGGGGAGUUGGGAAACUGCUCUCUCAUUGCCACCACCAGCUAAAGAGUUUUCUCCCUAAUUGUCUUCCCUAUGACCCAUGGCUCUCCAAACCUGUUCCUGUAGGUUUUCACUCCAACCCCACUUAUAACUAACCUGAUUAGGGUUUAUCAAUCAGCUAAUUAUUAGAAUCAGCUGCACUAGAUUAGAGUUGGUAUGAAAAUCUACAGGACGUAGGUAGUUCUCCAGGAACAGAAUUGGAGAGCCCUACAUUUAUUUAUUUAUAUAUAUAUAUAUAUAUAUAUAUGACCUAUAUGUACUCUAUAUACUAUAUGACCAAUAUGUACUAUAGUCCGGGCUCUGUCUGGGCCACUCAAGGACAUUCAGAGACUUAUUUUGUCCCCCUACACCAAACGCAAUCACGACACGCAGGUUAAAAUAUCAAAACAAACCCUGAACCAAUGACAUUAAUUUGGGGAUAGGUCGAAAAGCAUUAAACAUGUAUGGCAAUUUAGCUAGUUAGCUUUCACUUUCUAGCUAAUUUGUACUAUUUAGCUAGCUUGCUGUUGCUAGCUAAUUUGUCCUGAGAUAUAAACAUUGAGUUGUUAUUUUACAUAAAACGGCCAAUCGAAUCGUUUCUAGUCAUCUCUCCUCCUUCCAGGCUUUAUCAUCUUUGAACUUAUAUGGUGAUUGGCAUCUAAACUUUCAUAGUAUUACCAUGACUACCGGCAAAACAUUUAGUCUUUCAAUCACCCACGUGGGUAUAACCAAUGAGGAGAUGGCACGUGAGUACCUGCUUUUAUAAACCAAUGAGGAGAUGGGAGAGGCAGGACAUUCAGCGCGAUCUGCGUCAGAAAUAGAAAGGAGUUCUGUUUUAGCCCUUGGCAAUGCAGACGCUCGUUGGCGUGCGCGAGCAGUGUGGGUGCAAUAAUUGAAUAACAUGGAUUUCUAAAUUUAAUUUUGCAACGCUCCCGCACGCGAUGUGUCCAGUCUGGUCAGCAUGUGAGAGUCUUUAGGUGCCUUUUGGCAAACACCAAGCAGGCUGUCAUGUGCCUUUUACUUAGGAGUGGAUUCUGUCUGGCCACUCUACCAUAAAUGCCUGAUUGGUAGAGUGCUGCAGAGUCCUUCUGGAAGGUUUUCCCAUCUCGACCGAGGAACUCUGAGUGACCAUUGGGUUCUUGGUCACCUCCUUGACCAAGGCCCUUCUCCCCUGAUUGCUCAGUUUGGCCAGGCGACCAGCUCUAGGAAGAGUCUUGGUGGUUCCAAACUUCUUCCAUUUAAUAAUGAUGGAGGCCACUGUGUUCUUGGGGACCUUCAAUGCUGCAGAAUUGUUUUGGUACUCUUCCCCAGAUCUGUGCCUCGACACAAUCCUGUCUCAGAGGUCUACGGACAAUUCCUUCGACCUCAUGGCUUGGUUUUUGCUCUGACAUGCACUGUUAACUGUGGGACCUUAUAUAGACAGGUGUGUGCCUUUCCAAAUCAUGUCCAAUCAAUUGAAUUUACCACAGGUGGACUCCAAUCAAGUUGUAAAAACAUCGUCUGAAUGAUGAUCAAUAAAAACAGGAUACACCUGAGUUCUAUUUCGAGUCUCAUAGCAAACGGUCUGAAUACUUAAAUAAGGUAUUUCUGUUUUUUAGUUUUAAUGCAUUUGCAAAAAUUUCUAUAAACCUGUUUUCACUUUGACAUUAUGGGGUAUUGUGUGUAGAUUGAUGAGGAACGGAGCAAAGUACAGAGAUCCUUGAUGAAAACCUGUUACAGAGUGUUCAGGACCUUAGACUGGGGUGAAGGGUCACCUUCCAACAGAACAACGACCCAAAGCACACAGCAAAGAGAAACACGGGAGUGGCUUCAGGACAAGUCUCUGAAUGUCAUUACAUGUCCUCCUCAUCCAAAAUGACAGAGUUUGAGAGGAUCUGCAGAGAAGAAUGGGAGAAACUUCCCAAAUACAGGUGUGCCAAGCUUCUAGCGUCAUACCUAAGAAGAUUCAAGGCUGUAAUCGCUGCCAACAGUGCUUCAACAAAGUACUGAGUAAAUGUGAUAUUUCAUUUAUUGAUUUUAAAUACAUUUUUAUACAUUUGCCAACAUUUCUAAAAACCUGUUUAUGUGUAGAUUGAUGAGGUAAAAAAAUGUUUUAAUCCAUUCUAGAAUAAGGCUGUAAUGUAACACAAUGUGGAAAAAGUAAAAGGGGUCCUAAUGCUUUUCGAAUGCACCGUUUACUCUCAGAACAGCCUCGAUUCGUUGGGGCAUGGACUCUACAAGGUUUCGAAAGCGUUCCACAGGGACGCUAACCCAUGUUGACUCCAAUGCUUCCCACAGUUGUGUCAAGUUGGCUGAAUAUGCUUUGGGUGAUGGACCAUUCUUGACACACACAGGAAACUGUUUGAAAAACCUAUCAGCGUUGCAGUUUUUGACACAGUUAAACCGGUGUACCUGGCACCUUCUACCAUACAAACACGCUUACAUGUUUUGUCAAGCCCAUUCACCCUCUGAAUGGCACACAUACUUGUACACAAUCCAUGCCUCAAUAAUCUCAAGGCUUAAAAAUCCUCCUUAAUUCCUGCAGUCAAAUGAUCUAGUGACUCAUGGGUGGAAUGUAUUUUUUAUAAUUUCAUAAUUAAACAUUAUUUGAAGUGUUUCUAUGUCAAACAAUUUUGUUAAAUUUCAGUCUUCUGUGAUGUAUAUAAAGCGCAAUAUUGGGCUGCAAACAGAACACUUAAUACAUUUCAACUCUAUAUCUGACAUGGUACAGGUGUAUUUUUUUAAAGCCCAUAACCAUGUGUGUGAGGUGUAUAAUUUUGUUUCAAAGUAGAUUUGUUUAAGACUACCAAGAAACACUGUUUGUGACCCUGAUUUAGCCCAUUGCAGUAAAAAAAAUACCUGUCUCCUCCCCUUCAUCUACACUGUUUGAAGUGGAUUUAACAGGGGAAAUCAAUAAGGGAUCAUAACUUUCACCUGGUCAGUCUAUGUCAUGGAAGAGCAGAUGUUCGAUUCCGGGCUGUAUCACAUCCAGCUGUGAUUAGGAGUUCCAUAGGAUGGAACACAAUUGGCCCUAGCGUCGUCCGGGGUUUUGCCGGGGUCAUUGUUAAUAACAAUUUAUUCUUAAUCUUCUUGCCUAGUUAAAUAAAGGUUCAAUGUAAAACA